UUCAUACAUAUUCAGUGCAGCGAGUGAGAAGUGGGUUCAGCCCCGUCCUGCUCCUGCAGCAUCAGCGCUCACACUCACUUCACCGUCGUCACCCCGUUUUUACCGCAUCAUCGCCCCGAUCAGCGCCGCUCUCCGCGCAGCCAUGUAAGGGAACGGGUAAAGAGCAGCAAAGCGUGGUAAAAAAGAGCAGUAAAGAGGAGACGCGUCGGAAGAGCAGCAUGGGAAAAGGCUUCUUAGUGUGUGUGCUGCUGCUGGCCAUUUCCGCUGCGGCGAGGGCCCAGGUGAGGAGAAGGAAAGGCCAAAGGGCCAGCAGCCUCGUUCUCCAGGAUGAAGAGAAGGGUACCGCGUGCGCGAUGGAAAUUGCAUUUCUCCUGGACAGCUCUGAGAGUGCCAAGACAUUGCUGUUUGUGAAGCAGAGGGAGUUUGUCCUCAGCCUGGCAAAGCAGAUCGUGCAGAUGCGGCUCAAGCCGCACGGGCGGGAACUGCGCGUCCGCCUGGCCGUCCUGCAGUACAGCAGCUCCGUCUCGGUGGAGCACAGCUUCCGCGAUUGGCAGGACCCGGACACGUUUGAGGAGCGGGUCAACGCCAUGGUGUACAUCGGCCACGGCACGUACUCGUCCUACGCCGUGGGCAACGCCACGCGGCUCUUCGUCGAAGAGACCAAGUCGGACAGCGUGCGGGUGGCACUGCUGAUGACGGACGGUGCGGAUCACCCGCAGAGCCCAAACGCGGUGGGCGCGGCUGCCGAGAUGAAAGCCCGUGGCGUCAGGCUCUUCGCCGUCGGGCUGUCGGACCGGGCGAGGGAGGGGGUCAACAGCGCCAAGCUGCGCUCCAUCGCCAGCAGCCCGCCGUCGCAGCACGUGCUCAGCCUGACAGACGCCUCGCUGGAGAAGAAACUUCUCAAGGAGCUUUCUGAAGUCGCCGCCGAGGGAUGCCAGCAGCAGAAAACUUGUUUGUGUGAUAAAGGCGAGAGGGGACCCCCUGGCUACUCAGGAAAAAAGGGGGAUCCUGGGGUUGAUGGAGCUCCUGGUUUAAGGGGACCAAAGGGGGAACCCGGAGCGAACGGCCGUCCGGGAAUCGAGGGCAUUGAGGGAAGGCCAGGAUUUAAAGGUGAAAAGGGCGAACGAGGUGAAUGCGGGGCCCCCGGCCUGAAGGGCGAGCAGGGUACGGAGGGACUGCAGGGACCCCGAGGACCCAGAGGAGAACAGGGCUCCCCUGGACCACCUGGAGAUUUCGGUCCUGAGGGUCAGACUGGACCUAAAGGGGAUCGAGGACCCAGCGGCGUACCUGGGCCACCAGGGGACACUGGCAUUGGAUUUCCAGGCCCAAAGGGGGAGAAGGGAAACCAGGGUCGACCUGGUCCAGCUGGUCCCAUUGCUGUAGGGGAGCCUGGCCUGCCUGGUUCUCCUGGGCCUCCAGGAGUACAAGGGCCCCAAGGCAUUGCAGGGGAAGGUCUUCCCGGUUCAAAGGGGGAUCGAGGGUAUGAUGGCAUCAGAGGGCCACGUGGCCUGCCAGGCCCAGCGAUAAAGGGAGAUAAGGGGAACGUCGGACCUCCUGGACCACCUGGCCCAACAGGAUUCCCAGGUUUCGGUAUUCAAGGAGAAAAGGGGGUCCAAGGACCAGCAGGACCUCCAGGUCCUCGAGGGAUCCCUGGAGUGGGUCUAGCUGGAUCAAAGGGCAGCCAGGGCUUUCCGGGCGAGCAGGGACCCCCGGGGGAACGAGGAAUUGGAGAGCCGGGGCCCAAAGGGGAACCUGGGCGAAACGGAUCAGCCGGCAUCCCGGGAAUCCCAGGGGAAGAUGGGGCUGUUGGUGCUAAAGGAGAAAUGGGGCUUCCCGGGUCCCGAGGGCCAGAAGGCACUCCUGGGAAAGGUGUUCCUGGAGAAAAGGGGGACCGAGGAGACCGGGGUCUUAGGGGUCUGCCAGGAGUAGCGGGUGCUGUGGGUCCAGCGGGGGCCAAGGGAGAACCAGGAAGUAUGGGUCUGAUGGGAGUUCCUGGUCCACCGGGACGUGGUCUGCCUGGGGUCAAGGGCGAGCCGGGUCCAGCCGGGCCAGCCGGACCAGUGGGGGACCCUGGAAUCGGAUUGGCGGGCUCGAAGGGUGACCGUGGAUCACCAGGCCCUUUGGGACCACCUGGACCAAAAGGGGAUGGCUAUUCUGGGCCUCAGGGGCCGCCAGGUGCACCGGGGCCACCGGGAGAAAUCGGACCUGAAGGAAUAGGUUUACCAGGCCCUAAAGGAGACAGGGGCACCCCUGGUCUUCCUGGGCCGUCCGGACCACCAGGAAUCGGGUUCCAAGGAGCCAAGGGCUCCACUGGUCAACCUGGUCCACCAGGUCUUCAAGGUCCAGCUGGUGAAGGCAUCCAGGGACCAAAGGGAGAGCCUGGAUUCCAAGGAACACCGGGUCCUCGAGGACCCCCAGGGGAUGGCUUUCCCGGAGAAAAGGGAGACAGAGGCUUUACUGGAGAACGAGGGAAGAAAGGAGAGAGGGGGGAUUAUGGAGAACCAGGAAGUACAGGACAAGUGGGAAGACCUGGGCAGAAAGGAGAACCCGGUUUAACUAGAGAAGAAGUUAUUAAAAUAAUAAGGGAAAUAUGUGGCUGUGGGAUAAAAUGCCGGGAGAGCCCCCUGGAGCUCGUGUUCGUGAUCGACAGCUCAGAGAGCGUGGGACCCGAGAACUUCGACGUGGUGAAGGACUUUGUGAACGCCCUGAUCGACCGCGUAUCCGUGAGCCGCGAAGCCACGCGCAUCGGCGUCGUCCUCUACAGCCACAUCAGCAUGGUGGUGGUGAGCCUGCAGCAGCAGUCCAGCCAGGAUGACGUGAAGGCCGCCGUGCGCAAGAUGCCCUACUUGGGCGAGGGCACAUACACGGGCAGCGCCAUCAAACACGCCAACCAGGUGUUCCAGGCCUCUCGGCCCGGCGUGCGGAAGGUUGCCAUCGUGCUCACCGACGGCCAAUCGGACCGACGCGACGAGGUGAAGCUGGAGGAGGCCGUACGCGAGGCGCACUCUGCCAGCGUUGAGAUGUUCGUGAUUGGGGUGGUGAACCGCACUGACCCUCUCUACACAGAGUUUGCCAACGAAAUGAAUUCCAUGGCCUCGGAGCCCAGCGACGAGCACGUGUACCUGAUCGACGACUUUAUGACGCUUCCUGCCCUGGAGAGCAAGCUCCUGAGCAGGAUCUGUGAAAGUGAGGAUGGAACGCUGUUUAGCCCCAUCCCGAACUCCUUCCUCCCGCCCGGGACACCUGUCGUCACUGAUUUGCGACCCCAGGAGAUUCCCAAGAGGACUGACACCCCCACUUUCAAUGGAGACUAUGUCAGGAUAAGCAAGGAGCCAGGACCACCAGGGGAGCCAUCGAUACCACCUUUCCCCCAGGGUCCCAAGCCAGGUAGCCAGACCACCCAAGCCAACACAACCAGGACACUGAACGAGGAUGAAGAACGCCGUAACAGCCUGACGGGUGACUUGGCAACGGCGCCUGUCAGCAGCGGAAAACGUCCUCUCCUGCCUGUCACCUCGGCGACAGGAGCACACAUACCUGUGAACGAAGUGUUGGUUCUGGCGACAAGGCAGCUGUCCCCCACCCGCCUGCCUCCAUCGACAGUGCAGGACAAAUUCGUUUAUGGAAAGGGCUGUGAGCAGGAGCUGGACCCGGGCCCUUGCCGGCAGUACGUGGUAAAGUGGUACUACGACAAGGCAGCCGAUUCCUGUGCGCAGUUCUGGUUUGGUGGCUGCAAGGGCAACCAGAACCAGUUUGACACGCAGGCCAGUUGUAGACAGGAAUGCGUGCGAGGCUGAGCAGAGGCAGAAGGGUGUGGUUGUGCCCCAAGCGGCACCUGAUGCAACAACCCGAGGGUUCCUCUUUAAGGGGCCUGUGGAACCAGGAACACCAGCACCAAAGAGUCAAACACACAUCGGGUCAUUUCCAACCGGCUUGACCGCCUUUAUACCUUACUGUGCACACUAGCUCUCUUUAAAUGGCUUUUCUUUUUAAAAACUGGUCAAGCGACACGCAGCUCUUAAGGAAAAUGAACAAAAGCUAUGUACAAAUGGGAGCCCAGUCGACUGUAAAUCAACAGUGUUCUGUAUGUUGAUCUUACGUUUUCUGCGUGCGUUAAAUAGUAUUUCAUUUUGCAUUGUCAUUUAAUUCGGGUUAUUUGUUAGAUUUUAUACGAAAGAGGUUGAGGCUAUUUAGGUCUCACCAUUUUUUGAGUGCAUUCGUGUUCACGUAAUUUUGUAUUGUAUAUUGUCGUGCUUAAAAUCAUAACGGAGUAUAUAAAUGAAGCCACUUUAUUUAGUGAUUAUAUCACAUCGCCGCAAACCUAAAGGUUCAGUUUUUUUCAGUUUAAUUUAUGUUCCUGUCAAUUUUAUUUUUCUCAAA